AUGUCUUCAAUUGAGACUAACAUUACUAAAGUCCCGCCACAAAAGCCUUUUCGACGGAGGCUAUCUUUUAAAACAAAGUCUCUAUCUUCUCCUGAAUCUGAUUCUGCAGGCUCGACUACUUUGGGAAGUGGCUUUAACACUGUCCGAGGAAGCAUCCGCCGCUUUAGGCGUGUUUCCAAUACUUUAAAUGGCACUUCAAGUACUCCAACCUUGAAUCAUAUUGAUAAUAAUGAUACCAAUUCGACACAAGAACAAGCAAAAACCUCCUCUUCCACAAAUUUGCAGUCCCCAACAUUCCCAAGUUUCCAACGCCUCCAAACACUUGCCUCCAUGGCCCGUGAACAAACUUCACGAUUCAAAGAUAUAGACUUGACUGCUGCAGUUCAAGAAAUGAGUAGCGAAAUAGGGAAAAAAGGUGUAGAAUUAGGAAGUUUAGCAAAGGAAGUUGUUGUUGAACGUUGGAAAAAAAGGAAAGAAGAACUUCCAAAUGAAUUCACGUCUCCCGGUAAUUCGAAAUCAGACAAUGUUACAUGCAUGAACAUUUUUGGGGAAUCGCUUGCCACAGCUGUCAAAUUAACGCGCAUAGAAAAAGACAUCAGUCAAAUCAAGAAUGAUCCAUCUAGGUACUGGUUACCAGCAAUCAUGGUGAGAUGUAUUGAAUUCUUGGACAAGUAUGGUUUAGAGGAAGUUGGCUUAUAUCGAAUACCAGGAAGUACGUUAACUGUUACACGAAUGAGAAAUAUUUUUAACUCCGGUGCCGAUUUGAAUUUCUCACAAAACGAAGAUCCUCAUGCAGUUGCAGCACUCUUGAAGAUGUAUUUGCGAGAAAUACCCGAUCCUAUAUUAACGGAAGCUUUAUUACCAGAGUUUAACGCGUGUGUAGCAAAUCACAUGAAUUCCGCACCUUCGGGAUCUCCCCCGAUUCAUAAUACACCAUAUUUCACAGCCACAACGAUUCCAGAAGAAUUUCCAAAAGCUCUUUCUAACAUCGUUUCUUGUUUACCGCCUCAACAUUUCUAUCUUUUAUGGGCCCUUUUUUCACACCUUUCUCGUGUAGAUAAAAAAUGCGGAAUAAAUAAAAUGAAUACUAGUAAUCUUGGAUUAAUUUUUCGUCCUAAUUUAGGAAUAGGUUCAUUGCUAUUUAAAGUGUUUACGGAACAUGUUGAUGUAGUAUUUGGGGUUGGAUGUAAAACAGAAAAUGAAGCACUUGAGGAAGAGAAAAAAGCCAAAGAAGGACAAGCACCUGAAGUAUACCACAAGACAAAUAUAUCAGGAGAUUUUUCGAAAAGUUUUGAAGAUUUAUUAAAUCUUGACACAGAACAUGGAAUCGUUGGUUCCCCUACUCUUUCAUCAUCGUCAUCUAUAACAUCUCCUCCAACACCACCACUAGUUACAACAAUGGAGGAUCAACAAAUUAAUGAUAAUAGUAAAAAUACGGAUAAUUCUUUUAGUGAGGACGAUUGUUUACUAAAUAAUAAUAAUAAACUUCAACGUUCAGUAAAUAUCAUUGACGCAAAAAAUACUACUACUUUAUCAUCUUCAACAAAUUCUUCUUUUCGCAUGCGUUCUAGGUCCACGGGGAUAUUGAAUGUAUCCGCAAGAUCAUCGAACUGGGUAUUACAUCAUAAUGGAAUGGGAGGUGAUAAGAGUAACGCAACAACCGCAUGGGUAAGGAGGAGUGGAAGACGACCAAGUUUAGUUAUCCAUGAAGAAGCUGAAAUGAAAAGUUUAGUAAAUGAAAGGUCAAAAGUUGGCAAGAGUAAAGUCCGGGAUCAAAUUUUAAAGUUUAAUGGAGCAAGUUGA